GGCGGCGGCGGCGCGGGGGGAGCGCGGCCCCUUUAAGAGCGGCGCCGCCAUGAUCUGCCUGGUGCUGGGGCUCUUCGCCGGCCUCUUCCACAGCGCCCUCGGCGGGAUCAAUGAACGCACCUUCGUGGCCAUCAAACCCGACGGGGUCCAGCGGCACCUGGUGGGGGAGAUCAUCCGGCGCUUCGAGAGGAAGGGGCUGCAGCUCGUGGGGAUGAAGCUGAUUCAGGCCUCGGAGGAGCUGCUGAGGGAGCACUACGUGGCCCUGCGGGACCGGCCCUUCUACGGCCGCCUGGUGAAGUACAUGAGCUCCGGGCCAGUGGUGGCCAUGGUGUGGCAGGGCCUGGACGUGGUGAGGACGGUUCGUGCGAUGAUCGGGGAGACGAACCCGGCCGAGUCCAGGCCUGGCACCAUCCGAGGGGACUUCUGUGUCGAAGUCAGCAAGAAUGUGAUCCAUGGCAGUGACUCAGUGGAGAGUGCCCAGCAGGAGAUCUCCCUGUGGUUCCGCCCGGAGGAGCUCAUGUGCUGGGAGGACACGGCCCAGCACUGGAUCUACGAGUGAGGGAGGGACACCUUCCUGAGGGGACACAGGACAUUGCCAUCCGUUUCAUGGCUGGGGAUCCUGCUGUGGGAUUCCUGCUCUGCCUGUGAGGUCCUGGGAGCUGGGCUGUGUCUGGAACAAUGUGCUUCAGCUCCUGCCAAGAAUAACUGUUUCUUUUUUUCCUCUCUGCCCUAGUAAGUAGCAUUGUUGCUCUGUUUGCUGCAGUAUCUUAAAUCCCAAGUAGCUCAAGCUGAUUUAUUGAAGUACGUCCUCCACUCUGGGCCAGUCCCUGGGUGUUCCCAGCCCUGCCUGGUGCAGGACAAUGUGUGUUCCUUGCUGCUGGGAGAGGUGCUGGUCAUGACAAGGUGGUGGGAUUGAUAGAAUUUACCUGCAUUUCUAGAAGGCUUUUCACCAAAGGCUUUUAAAGAACGAGGCUGCUGUGGGGUAUGGGGGAAGAUUCACAACCCCACCCAGCUCCAGACGCGAUCAGCGAGUCCAUGGAAAGAAGAUUCUCCAAGGGCUGUUAAAUGCAGUUUCUCUGGCUCCAGUUCCUGGACUGGGAGCAGGGAAGCAGCUUCUCCAGCUGUGCUCUGGUUCUCUGGGGCUGCACAGCCCUGGCCUGACCCUGCACCCUCGGUCCCACACUGUCCCUGUGUGGGGACUGACACAGGCUGGGGAAGCUGCAGCACUGGGGCAGCCAAGGGAUAGAAGGGGGAGAGUGAGGCAGGGAAGGAUUUGUGGAUCUGGGGCUCAGGAAGGACUAGGAGGAUUAUUUAGUCCUCUCUUGUGCACAGUGCAGGCUGUGGAGUCCUGUCACUGAGCUCUGGGAGAGCCUGAGAUCUUUGUCUGACAGUAGAGCUUCCCUGCUGGGAGGGUACCUGGAGACCCAGUUUGUGAUGGGCUGGACACCCCCUGUGAGCUCUCAGUGGGCCCCCCAGCUCCUCAGGGCUGUGCUGGCUCUGGAGUGUAAGGACAGGGACAGGGACAUGGCAUCCUGCCAUGGAACAGGGACCUGGUUAAACCUGGGGAAUGAGAUCCCCUGGGGCUUUCCUCUGUGUAGGGUGAGCUUUACCUGUGCCUUCAGGGCCUGUCCCACUCUGUCUGGCUCCCCAGCUCUGUAGCUGCAGGGGGCAGAGAGAACUCGCCUCACUCCCACUCUGGGCUGGGGGUCUCCCUCCAGUGGGGCCUCCCUUGCCUUCCCUCAGCUGGCCCGACUGCCUCAGCCUGGCUGCUCCUGCCUUGGCCUUUUCCAGGAGCCUGCCUACAGCUCUGAAUACCUGACAGAUCCCAUUUGUUCCUGGAACUCCUCCACUUGGCUGAGCCCAGCCUGUGGCUGCAGCAGGGCUGCAGGAGACACUGGCAAAGUAAAGAACUGAGGUGUGAAGAGAGCGGGAGGAAGGUUUCAUUUGUUGUUUAAUAGAGGCACUGAAAAGAGCUGUUGGCUCCAGGAGGUGCCAGCUCUGUGACACAGGUGAACUGUGGCCAAAUCCCUGAGCAUCAUUUCUUGCCACUGCUUUUUCGUGAGGGAUCCCUCUUUUGUUGGCACAGAUGAGAUUUGAGGUGCUCUCCCAGUUUCAAAGCACAGUGGACUCCAGUCAAGUAACAGCCCUGACUCCUCAAGGCACAGUCCAGGCCAGUCCUCUCCUCCUCCCUGGGUGCAGUUUGGUGUCUGCCAUGAACUCGUCCCUCUCUGGGGCCCGAGGGAGCAGCCCCAGUGCAGGGAAAGGGCCCCAGAGGCGCCGCUGGGUGAGGGGGGACAGGCUGGGCUGGGGCUUCCUCCAGCCCCCAUGACUUUAAUUGCUUUGCAUGUUGGUUCCUGCUGCUUCUCCUCUGUCCAAGGCUCUGUUAAACUGUAAGAAUAAAAGUAGAAACUGUC